UCGACAUUCGCCUGAGACGAACGUGCCGCUGUGCUGCGCCUACCGGCUUACGAUCGUGUGCAUUCUCGAUACGUCACGAUCGAUAUCUUGUACAAUCGAGUGCAUUAUUAUUGCAGUGCCUGUGUCAGUGUAUGGAAAUUCUUUUUUUGAAAGUUAAAUUCGACAUGGUAUUAUUUUUAAAUCUAUUGUGCCAACCGAACGUGCCUGUUUUGGAUAAAUUCGUCUGUACUCUGUAAGGUGUUAAAUGACAAUGGGAGCUCCAGCAUGGGGUUCUCGCGGUGGUGGAGGCGAUCGUCCCCGGCUGCUGCGCAUGACACCGCUGCGACACAGCUUCGCAGCGCCCGCGUCGCCGCCCGCGCCUCCCCCGCGUGCUCACGACUACGCCUCCGACGCCGACACCAACAAGAAAGAAGAGGGAUGGAACGCUAAUCUGUCUCAAAGAUGGCGGAAACUACGGCGACGAUGUUCACGAUUGCGACCGGGAUCUGGCAACCGUGAGCCGAGCCCAGUGCGCUGCUCACCGUCACCACCGAGACCUCCAACACACUGCUCCCCUGCACCACCUUCAAAACUGUCAUUUCGACAUCGAGGAAAAGUGUAUACAACUGCAUCCCUUCGUGUGACUAGCGGUGCUCCAGAUUUACUUCGUGCCUUGGGAAAGCUUGGCGGUGGGCUCCGACGACGAGCACUGUCUGCUCAUGACGUAUUAGCUCCACCUCAGCAACAACCAUCUACUUUCUAUGUUCCUAGUCCUACUGCAACAAGGCAUCCGCCGUCACCCUCCCCGACUCGCCAGUCAGCAUCAGUUCGAAGACGGUGUAGUUCACCAAACGUUUACAGAGCAGCCAAAGAUUCUGCAACAUCUAGAGACCGCGCGCCUCUUAUUAGUCAAGAAGACGAAAGUCGAGAUGUAGUUGAUUAUAAUUAUGUGCCUGAAAGGAGGAAAAAUAGUUCAGAGGGACGAAGUCGUCGACCCUACAGUGAAAAUGUAGAAUUAGAUGUCCCUUAUAGAAAUGGAUACAAUCGGCUACCCUGUGAUGCUUCUCAGAGGUUAUGGGAAGAACCUUAUAGAUUGCCGCGGGUUCAGUCCAGGCAGGACUCGAUGACCCAGUUGAGGAAUGGUGUUGCUGAGUUACGUGUUAGUGCGACUCCAAGAUCAGCACGCCCGCCCCCCGCGCCGCCUGCCGCUACUCAGCCAGGGAAGCGACCACCUGCUCCUGAACCUCGAGAUACACACACUUUUGAGGUGCGGUUCACAAAGUCAGCUGGCGGGAAAGGUCUCGGGUUUAGCAUCGUAGGUGGGCGGGACUCACCGCGCGGUGACAUGGGCAUUUUUGUGAAAACUAUUUUCAAUAAUGGCCAGGCUGCUGAAUCUGUACUAAGAGAAGGUGACGAAAUCCUGUCAGUAAACGGACGCGGCACGGCAGGGUUGACACAUGGAGAGGCGAUUCGUCUAUUCAAGGAUGUCCGUGCAGGACCCGUGCUGCUGCGGGUGACGCGUCGUCCUCCUCGCUGACUGCGUUGCGCCUGCUGCGACAUGCACGACCAGCAGGCGCCUAACCGUGCAUCUGACAUCUACUCCACUAUGUAGUCUCCUUAUAAAACGAUGCCCCAUACUAGAAUUAUUUCCUAUGCUGUGGGUACGUUUAUAAACACUCUCACAUAAUAUACUACACAUCAAGCCUAUGUAGAUAUGAAACGAAAAUGUGUAGUUGAUGUAAUCGUGACGUGGUAGCUAUCUAGCCUCUGCGGCUACUGACUCCCAUAAAUAUUUAUCUCACUGACAUAUCAAAUAUAUUCACGGCUAUUUCUUGUAAGAAGGUAUGAUCAUAUGCACCAGUCUUAUGAUGCUUCUGCACGGUGAAUAUUUUCUAUUUGUACCGAUCGUACAUGACUAUACCAAAAAUGUUUCAAUAAAUGGCCGGGAUAUAAUUGCAAAUAUUGCUAGCUACUAUAUUGCAGAUAAAUAUUGCCCGUUUGGAAAGUACCCUUAUGUAAGACUAUAAUGUGUACACCUAAUCAUUAAUGAAGUUUCCUCAUUUUGAACCAUGAUAAAUUGAGAAGGCUUAAUAAAGGUACACUAACAGGAUUUUUAAAAUCAAUUUAAUUCAUUACAAAUGUGCCUUAUGUGAAAGAAAUUAGGCAUUCAUAUGAAACAGGUACCUAACAAAACCCUAACCUUAAAAAUAUAGCUAUUAUUCACAAAAUGUAGGACUCAUUUUCACGAAUUAACUUUAAACUAAUCAAACAUGACUCCUAAAGUACCACAAUAAGACGGUUAAUGAUAACGGCUUGCCUUAUUUGGAUUUUUGUUUUGGCGAAAAGAAAUCAAACAAGGUAAUUCACUGCUAGGAUCCGUCUCUUUUGCAAUAAAAGUAGCGGUUUACAAUAAAUAAAAACAAAUGAAAUGUGAUUAAAAUUUAAACAAAUUUGUAUUAUCAAAAUAUUUUGGGACUGUAUUUACUAUAUAAAUAUACUGUAUUUUUAAAACUUAUAUGCAUCUUUUUGUAAACAAAUACAUUAAUAGAUAUGUAUAUAGUAUUUUGACAUUGCAUUUAUUAAUUGCUGGAAGAUUGUAAUAAAAAAAUAGACUAUCCUACUUAGAUAUGUAUUUCGAGUAUUAGAAAGUAGGUAAAAGAUUAGAAUUGCUAUAUAUAACAGUUUAUAUGCAAUUAAUAGAACUGUUGAAUAUAAUAUGGUUAGAAAUUGCAUAUAGAUUAUUUUGUAUAUUUAAACUAACCAAAAUAAUGAAAGCAAACGAAAAGUAUUAGAUACACACAGUUUGACACAAUUUUGAUAAAAAUUGUCUGUGAUAUUGAUAUUCAAAGCUGAAUGCGACACCGUAGUGUUUUGUAAUUAUAGAGGUAUAUAUUAUAAGGCAACUAACUUAUUUUUAUAAUUGUGACAUCUACUUAGUAUUUAUUGUAAAAAUAUAGUACAUACAAUAAAUAAUACAUUUUAAUAAGGAAACUAGUAUGUUAUUACUAGUAUAUAAGACGUGCUUUUAUUGAACUUUAAAUAUUUUAAGAAUGAAUGAAAAUGUAAUUUGGAGGUAUUUUUGUACAAUGUACAGAGUUUAAAGAAAGAUAUAACUUUUUGCGCACAAAUAAAUAAUCCCUUUAAAACUACACAAAAUACUAAUUUUUAUACAAACAUACAUAAUUCCUCAUUGUCCAUGAGUAUUAUUAAAAUUCAAAAUUAAUAAAAAAUACAAUAUACAUGUGAUUUACACAACGAGAAAUUUAUUCUAAAUUAUAUAAUUAUGGAAAAAAGCUAAAUUCUGUAUUGGAAGUAAAAUUGUAUUUUGGACGACUGUCAAAUGUAUUUUUAUAUUGUCGUGUAGAAUCCAAAUAAGUAUUGUAUUUUAUAUACCCUGUGUAUAUUUAAUGAUGUAGAGCUAACAGAUGUAUUUGGCCAAUGAAUAAUAAACACAAUAAGCAUUCAAUGAUAUGAAUGGCAGACGCGAUAGCUUACUGAAUAUUUUUGCAUUUUACUAUAGCAUUUUAAUAUAAGUACUUAGGCAACGAUAUAAAUAAAAGUUUAAAAUGAA